UCCAUGAUCUUUCUGAACCGCGCUGCGUUUGGAGUUCGCAGUGGCCAGAAGCUUUCCGCGAUGUCGAAUGACGGUGCUGACGGCGGCAGUAAACUCUGCUCCGUAGAUUUUGAGAUAUUCGGGCACGUGCAGGGUGUAUGCUUCCGAAUGUACUCUGAGGAGGAGGGUCUGAGGCUGGGCCUGGUGGGCUGGGUGAGGAACACGCACAGCGGCACCGUGGAGGGCCAGAUGCAGGGGCCCCCAGAGCAGAUCAGAGAGAUGGCAACCUCUCCCCAGAGCACCUGUCCCACAAAGCCCUCCCCAGAUGUGUACCGACGGCCUUCCAUGAAGGCCAGAGAGGUAUUUCACAGAGCUGGCUAACUCACUAAGCUUGACUUCUGCAUCUCAAAUAUGGAACAUGGACUAAAGUAAAAAUGGCUUUUCCAGGUUUUAUCCAAGUCCAGCUUACUCAGUGAGCCAGCUUCCUGAAAUCCUCCCAUGGUGUCUAAGUUCUGCUUCUCCUCACUACGGCUGUAGCUAACUGCUAGCCUGCUAACGAUGUCCAUCUGAGAGAAAUUGAACAUGACUCUUCAGACUGCCACCAGAGAGCAGAAAACUGAUGUAGGAUUUCCCCCUCAGGUUUACUAAUCUGCGGGAUUGGUUUCCAGUGCAGAGCAGGGAACAGAUUUAUGUCCUUGGCUAUGCUAACCAGCCGAUCAUAAAUUACACUAUUUACCCAGCUUUGGGCACAGAUCACUCAAAGCCACCUAGCAUUGUUUGCCUUCAUAUUACCUCCAUCAGUGGCACAGUGGGUAACACUGCUGCCUCGCAAGAAGGAGGUUCCGGGUUCUUCUCUUGGCCAAUCCCGGAUCUUCUCUUAAAGGGCCAAAGAGGAGGCCCUUUAAAGGUGUGAGGUCAUGAGAUAUGUGAUUGGAAUGCUCUGAACUGAACAUUCUAGUGCUGAUGUAACAAUCACUGCCGGUCACUGUAUGCAAUGGAGUUCUAGAACACACUUGGAAUAAGAACGGAAAGGAACAUUCCAUGAAAACCAGCUCUUUAAAGGGAUACACUGCGUAUAUGCUGGGCUGUGAUUGGCUGCCUGGCGCAUUAUUCUCUGUUAUUCUACGAAUGUGUUACUGCUGUCCCUGAUCCUGAUUUGAGGUGUGCAGUGCUACAGGGCGGCACUAAUGACCUCCGUCCCUGCUGCCGUGGAAACGGUACCACCAUCCCUGGGCAAUAAAGCUUCUAUUUAAAGUUCCUCUUCAGUGCAGUUACUGCUGGCUGAUGUGCAGUCUGGGGGGAAAAUUAAUUCUGACUGAGCCGCUCUAUAGAGCCUUUACUGACUGAGCCGCUCUAUAGAGCCUUUACUGACUGAGCCCCUCUAUAGAGCCUUUACUGACUGAGCCCCUCUAUAGAGCCUUUACUGACUGAGCCGCUCUAUAGAGUCUUUACUGACUGAGCCCCUCUAUAGAGCCUUUACUGACUGAGCACCUCUAUAGAGCCUUUACUGACUGAGCCCCUCUAUAGAGCCUUUACUGACUGAGCCCCUCUAUAGAGCCUUUACUGACUGAGCUGCUCUAUCGGGCCCUGAGCUCGUGGUGAGGUAUUUUUAUUUAGGUUAAAUACGCUGUGCUUUCUCUGAUAUCACUAGUACAUAAUCAAGGGCACCAGUGCUGCAUUUGGACAGGGAGAUAACCCAUAUCUAAAGAACAACACACACAUUAUGCCAAGCCAGGCAAAAACAGGCCAUCUGUUCAAUUUGUGUGUGUGCGUGCAGGAUGCAUUUCUGUGUGCCCUCCGCUAGCUGGCUGUGUUUGUGAGGGUUAUGUGAGGUGGUUUAUUUUUGGGCUCAGAUGGGCCUCCUGUCCUACAUCCCGGUGUGUGAGACAGGAAAGAAAGGAAGAUUCCCCGUGUGGUACGGGCUGAAUAAAACUGAACGAUACCCCAGCACCUCAAUCCCACUCCUCCUGCAUGCAUGUGUGUGUGUGUGUGUGUGUGUGUGUGAGGCAGAACAGACAAGCUGUCCCAGCACUCAGUAUCACAGCUCCACCCUAAAUAGUUUCAGCUCCACACCGUCCCAGCAGCCUCUCUGACCCACAUCAUU